AUACUGCCAAACCAACUAUACACCAUUUAUUGAGAAUUUUCCUUCUCGCCCCUUGAGUAAGAGGGGUUCGAUUGAUCUUCAUCAAAUUUUAGGGAGUCAGGUUACUUUUUGAGACAUAUUCAGCGUCCAUUUAUUGUAAUUCACGUUUGUCGUACCAUUUGCUCAAUUCUGAUAUGAAGGGCACACGCGUAGUAAACAAUUGCUCACGUUGGAAUUAUUUUGACCUACAUCGCUAUUUUAAUAAAUUGGAACAUCAAAGUGCGCAGAUAAGAAAAUACCCCGGUAUGGUGUUUAAACUGCUUCUUUAUUCGGUAAAUUGGAGUUGCUGAUCACUUAACGAAUGAAAUAUGAAAUGAUGGAGAUUUGGGUUUUUUCAAAGUUUAUAAUGGCGGCCAAAGGGGGAUUUUAGCAUAAUAUUCCGAAAAUUAAAUCAUUAAAAAGACGAAAGAUCUUUAGAUUGUUUUUGCUGUUUUAUAUAUCAAAAUUAAUAUAACUUACAUACGACAUUUCAUUGUAGAUAUUUAAUUCCCUGGACGUCGUAGCUAUGGGCUAUACAACAACUGUAUUGUACAUGUAUUAGUUUGUACAAUAUCGUCUGCAUUAUUCAACAUGCUUAUUAUAAGAAAUUCAUGAAAAAGGAGAACUAUCUUCACAUAAUGGGCUUCAGUGUUCAUAUAUGUUUGUACAGUAUCAUAUAAAAUACUGUACAAAUGAAUCUACAGAUGCUAUAAUGUACCAGAGCUGUUCUGAAGCCUCUCUACGAUUUCAUCUUCAUACAUGCACUGUAAUUAGGCUAUAUGCCAUUGGUCCAGCAAAUAUAUACAGUGAGUUAUGCAACUGUUAACAUCAAUUGGGUGUUAUGUUAAAGAAUCUCAAUUUUAUUCAUUAAUUAAUAUAGUCCAGGAAUUGAUGCAUAUAACUUUAACGAAAAAGUUCGAAUCAUUAAACGUAAAAAGCAUGGUAAAAAGGUCUGCCGGUCUGCCACACUUUUAGAGAGGAGUGUCCAUAAGGGGAAUUUGCUUGUCUACUUGUACGUGAAUAAGAUGAGUUCUCUUCAGUAUCAGUUCCUCUCAGGAUUAUUUAUAAAGGGAACUUGCUAGCCUAUGUGAAUAUGAUGUGAUCUCUUCCAGUAUCAAUUCCUCUCAGGAUUAUUUAUAAGGGGAACUUGCUAGCCUAUGUGAAUAUGAUGUGUUCUCUUCCAGUAUCAAUUCCUCUCAGGAUUAUUUAUAAGGGGAACUUGCUAGCCUAUGUGAAUAUGAUGUGUUCUCUUCCAGUAUCAAUUCCUCUCAGGAUUAUUUAUAAGGGGAACUUGCUAGCCUAUGUGAAUAUGAUGUGUUCUCUUCCAGUAUCAAUUCCUCUCAGGAUUAUUUAUAAGGGGAACUUGCUAGCCUAUGUGAAUAUGAUGUGUUCUCUUCCAGUAUCAAUUCCUCUCAGGAUUAUUUAUAAGGGGAACUUGCUAGCCUAUGUGAAUAUGAUGUGUUCUCUUCCAGCAUCAAUUCCUCUCAGGAUUACUUAUAAGGGGAACUUGCUCGCCUAUGUGAAUAUGAUGUGUUCUUUUCCAGUAUCAAUUCCCCUCAGGAUUAUUUAUAAGGGGAACUUGCUAGCCUAUGUGAAUAUGAUGUGUUCUCUUCCAGUAUCAAUUCCCCUUAGGAUUAUUUAUAAGGGGAACUUGCUAGCCUAUGUGAAUAUGAUGUGUUCUCUUCCAGUAUCAAUUCCUCUCAGGAUUAUUUAUAAGGGAAACUUGCUAGCCUAUGUGAAUAUGAUGUGUUCUCUCUUGCUGACUUCUUGUAUCAAUCUCUCUGCCUGUCUGAUCACCUGUAACAAAAAACACAAAUAAAAGACAAUAUUAGAUUUAUUAAAUUGGGUGGCAAACUAAAUGAAUAAACACAAGGAGCACACGCGUCUCGAACUCGCAACCUAGUGGUUACGGCGCCCAAUCCCCUCCAUCCACUCCCCCUCCAUCCAAUAUUAAUUUGUUUCGAUUAUUUUUUGUAUAACCAUGGAAACUAACUUUA